AUAAUUUCUUUAGAAUUAGUCAACAUAUUUUUCACAGUAAAAUAUAUUUUUCGCAAAUUCAGUAAGAAAUAAAAUAUAUAAUUUAACGAAAAUGGCUAUAUUAGAAAAUAUACGCGAAUUGUUCACCUCAGAAACAGCUCGUAAUAAAAAUUCAGCCUUAAUUUCUGGGUUUCUGUUUUUCACUGGCUGGUGGGUUCUGAUCGAUGCUAUGUCAGUAGACAGUCAAAAACAAAUCACCACCGGACAUGUUUUCAUAGGAGUUUUCGGUACAAUCAGCUUCUUUAUGGUGAACACCGUAAAGAACUCGCAUAUUUCGGAAGAAAACACAUCCGAGUCCGGAGCACGUAUUGCAAAAAUUUAUCUGCUUAUUGGCUUCGUUAUGGGAUUUGCAUCGAUAAUAGCAGCUAUCUGGGUUAUGAUUGAUGACUUUAUCAAUAACAAAAAAAAGGACAAUUGGCCAGGCGUAGCUCUUCUAAUGCAGAAUGUAUUCAUCCUUAUUGGCAGUCUGGUAUACAAAUUCGGCCGAAAUGAGGAAGACUGGAAUGAGUAAAUGAGGGGGAGCAUCAUCAGGCAUAUCUAAAUAUAUAAGUGGGUCAUGAUAUUCAUAUUUAAGUUAAAAGCAUAGUUUACACACAUUUUUGCUUACUAAACAUUUCUGAACUAGACUAACAAAUUUGUACAAGCUACGUCUGUUUAUAUAUAUUCCACGUGAUUCUAUGUAUGUAUGUAUGCAGAAAUAAAGCUUUAGUUCCAUUUAAGGUAAACAAAAUA